AUGAAUACUAGUAGAUGAGAGGAUAAAUGAAACAAAAAUUAACAAGAGCGAAGCGUUACACAAAAUGUGUAUAAUGUCACACGCGAGAUUACAAUGAUAAUUAGAGCUUUCCAGUAAUGUCAUGAUAGGGGAGUUGUCUAGUUCAGGUAAUGUGUGAUUACCUCAAACACUCAUUCGUUUACGAACAUUCUGUGAGAAACAUCGAAUUUCUGAAAUCGAGAUGAAGAUCAAAAGCAAAGAUAGUGCUCUAGGGAAAAAAGGCCUUUCAAGCUACAUUCCAGCAGGAAGCGUAAAACUCCAUUUUCAAGAAUAUUGUCAAAGUUCGACGAUACACGGAGUCAGAUACUUCGGGGAAGAUAAUCGUCCCGUUGCUGAAAGAUUAUCCUGGAUAUCGUUAUUCUUGAUAUGUAUGGGCUUGAAUGCGUACCUGAUCCAGCAAGUUUGGCAAAAAUGGAACGAAUCACCUGUCAUAGUGGCAUUUGCAGAAACAACUACUCCAAUAUGGAAUGUUCCUUUUCCUGCAAUCACUAUCUGCAGCGAAGUCAAGUCGAGAGCAACAGUCUUCAACUUUUCUGAAGCUCUCUUUUCUGAAGGCGGAAAUGAAACUGACUAUUUAAUUGAUAAACAAAAAGGAGAUGUAUCAUUACUAUGUGACGAUCAUGUUGUUUGCGACGGUGAUGAUUAUGCUGAUGAUUCAACAAUGGAGUUCUUAGAGGAGGUAGCUCCACCAUUUUUUGACACUAUUUUUCUAUGUAAGUGGAACAAUACCGUAUCUGAAAACUGUAGUGAUAUAUUUACAAAAAUAGUUACAGAUGAAGGAAUUUGUUACACCUUUAAUAUGCUUGAUAAAAAAGAUCUAUUCCGAGAUGAUGUGAAAACAUAUUCUGAGAGUGAUAACUUGCGAGUACAAGGUUGGUCUCAGGAUGAAGGAUACACUCCUGAAGCUCUGUUAAAAACAUAUCCCAAUAGAGCGCUAUUUUCUGGUACUGCAGGUGGCAUAUUUAUUGUAUUAAAAGCAGAUCGUAAUGACGCAGACUACUUCUGUAAGGGGCCAGUUCAAGGGUUUAAGAUGCUUUUACACAAUCCAGCUGAGUUUCCUAUGGUAAGAGAGCGAUAUCUGCGGGUUCCUUUGGGGCAGGAGGUUAUAGCUAUGAUUCAACCGAGCAUAAUGACAACCAGUAAAAGCUUACGAUCGUAUUCUCCUGAACAGAGGCACUGUUACUUUCCAUCAGAAAGAUAUUUAACCUUUUUUAAAAUUUACAAUCAAGCAAACUGUGAAUUGGAAUGCCUUACGAACUACACUUUGAAAGCAUGUGAUUGCGUUGCUCUCCAUAUGCCUCGAAAAGGAGAUACAAAGAUUUGUGGCCCAGGGAAGAAACGAUGUAUGGUAGAAGCUGCCCAUAAUCUCCGUUUAAGUAGAAUAGUUUCAGAAGACAAAUAUGACCUAACAAAAUGUAACUGCCUGCCUGCUUGUACUUCAACUAUAUACAGUGCUGAAUCUUCUCAAGCAGAAUUUGCAUUUCUUUCUGUUGUCAAUGUAUAUGGUGACAAUGUCACUGAAUAUGCAGCGUAUGAUGCAUCCCGAACAUCAAUUUUCUUCAAAGAUGUGCAGUUCACAACAAGUCGUAGGAAUGAGCUUUAUGGAGUUGUUGAUUUCCUAGCUAAUGUUGGAGGUUUAUUAGGUCUAUUUUGUGGAGUGAGUAUUCUCAGCUUUGUCGAACUGUUGUAUUACAUGACCUUACGCUUUUGGGGAAAUAUAAAAGCCUUUAAAAAAGCCAAAAAGAAAAACGAAGAAGUUUAAGGCACUUAGUCUGAAGAUCCAAGGAUAAAAGUAAAUUAAAUCGAAAUAAUAUUCAGAAGCAAAUUUUCAUAUUCUACUUGAUCUAAGUUACGAGCUAAAAUUAUUUGUCAAAAUUAAGAUAAAUGAUGAAUAUGACAUAAUACAUACUAUGAACAAAAAUAAUAUUAGACAAAUACUUAUUGAAAAAAAAAAAAAAAUUGCCAAGAAUGAACAUUUUUUUCCUUGAAACUUGUUUAAUAUGUAUUAUUUUGAGCUUUAUUGAGUUUACAAAAUAAAUAAUAUUAAAAAUUAAUUGUAUUUUCAUGUUUGAUAAUAAAAUAAAAUAUUGUUUUAGUUGUAUCAGUUACAAGUGGUCUAUCAAUGUACAUGCUUUAGAAUUAAAUUGUAAUAAACAAAAAAUACUGACUUUCAAGAAUUUUAUUUAAAACACCCUAAAUAGCCUAGCUGUAGCGGAUCUUGGACUUAAUGUUGGGGGUAUUCAUCCCAAAAGAUUUUUUUAUUAUU